CCUGUUCAAACAUUAAAUAACACAUUGAUGAGCCAUCUACUUUUUUCACCCUGCCUUUUUUCACUCUGAGCCCUCACAGGACAGUCUGUGAGAGCACAGAUAUUGUUUAUUCUUGUAUGGAUUACUGUCUUUAGAUUUCUCCUGAAUUAACUCGACGGCAAUGUUUUAUUUUUAUUUUUUUAAUCCGGCUAUAGCAGACCUCUAGGAUGUUGACCAGGCCUCCCCACUACCGGCUGCAUGGCUUUCUGACCGACAGAAGCACACUUACCUUAAAGCACAGUCAGUGGCAUCACUCAGCUGAAGAGAUGAGUAAUCAAACAGUAAUCUACUCAGACAUCAACCUGGCCAAAUACCCAAAGAGGCAGCAAAUCAAACCUGAGAGCAAAGAUAGCUCCGUUUCAGACACUGAGCAGGACAUAACCUAUGUGGAAUUAAACCUUCAUAAUGCGUCUCAGGAUCUUCAAGGAAACGACAAGAAGCCCCAUUGCAAAGGGAGGCUCGCUGCUACGACCCUGGGAAUCAUCUGCCUUGUCCUGAUGGCCAGUGUACUAACCAUGACAGUCAUAGUUGUCACUCCCUAUAAGUCUUUGAAAGGUAUGGAACAGGAUAAUUCUUCUCAGAUAAUGCCCCCAAAAGGACAUUGUCAUCGUUGUCCAAAGGCCUGGUUUAUGUAUUCCAACAACUGUUAUUACAUUAGUAAUGAAAGAAAGUCAUGGAGUGAAAGUCAGAUGGCUUGUGCUUCUAAGAAAUCUAAUCUGUUUUACAUAGAUAAUGAAGAAGACAUGAAUUUCAUGAGGUAUUUCGGUGUCUUAACGUGGGUUGAACUUAGUGGCAAUUCAACUUUCUCCUCCAAACUGAUUUCAGUAUCUCCAGAGAGAGGCAAGAAAUGCACAUAUUUUAAUAUUUACAUUAACAAGAUUUCUUUUGGAUCCUGCUUGAAAUUAAACACAUAUGUUUGUAAGCACCAGGCACGAUUGUUUCCCUAAUUUUGAGCUGCUAUGAAAAAUUAAUAACACAAUACUGAAGAUUCUUAAAGGAAAGCCUAAGCAAAUUAAGUUCUUGUUACAUGAGACUUUUCAUAGUUCUUUUUACUCCAAAUAUUCAACCAAACCUGACUCCCUACAGGACAUCAUCUCUAACACUUUGUCCUCCAUCUUUCAUUCGGCAAAUCACCAUUGCUUCAAUAAAGUAAUUUUAGACAGGUAUAACAAAUUACCUGAUUGAACUAAUUCAGGCAGAUAUGUCAAGGAUACAUGCUUUUUAAGGAAAGUUAAUGACGUUUAAUACAUGCUAUGUAUGUACCUGCCACCAUCUGUCAGUUCGUCACACUGUGAUGGCUUGUGUGUUGCUAUAAUGCUGGAAGCUAUGCCCCUCGUAUUUCAAAUACCAGCAGGGUCACCUAUGGUGGACAGGUUUCAGUGGGACUUCCAGAAUAAGACAGAUUAUGAAGAAAGGCCUGGUGAUCUAUUUAUAAAAAUUAGCCAAUGAAAUCCUUAUGGAUCACAACAAUAUUGUUCAACUCACUUGCUUUCAACACAUCAUCAGAUGGGGUCUAUUGCUAAAGGAGAACAUGUUUGGUGAAGCAGAGGCCUAGAAAGGGCAAGGAAGACCUCAGGAAGAUGGAUUGGCACAGUAGCCACGACAAUGAACUUGAACAUGCCCCCGGCAAUCCUGAGAGUCAUGCAGGAUUGAGAAAAGUUUUGUUCUGUACGUAAGGUUGCCAUGAAUCCCAGUCCACUUGAUGGCAGGUAUCUAUAACUACCUGUCAUAUAUGGACAAGAAAGUAUAAAAGAAGAAUAAAAUAAACCCAAGGCAAGCAUCUGAAGAAAAUAAAAAAGAUUAGAACAGAAAUAAAUGAAAUGGACAAUAGAAAAACAACACAGAAAAGAAAUGACACAAACUAUACAUACCCUAACACUAUUAACAAUCUCAACAAUAAUUUGUUGGACUGGUGGAAAGAAAAAUAGAAAAUCCUCAAAAGACUAAAGUCAGGAAUAAAAAUAUGGAUAUCAUUGUCGAUCUUACAGAAAUAGAUUAUAAGAGAAUGCUACGAAUAGUAAUAUGCUAAUAAACUUGAUAACCUAGAAGAAAUAGACAAGUUCUUGGAAACACAAAUUACAUAAACUGACAGAAAAAGAAAUAUGAAAUAUGAACAGAGCUGUUAAAAGCAAAGAUGAGGAAUUAGCAAUUAAAAAGUUUUCCACAAAUAAAACUCCAAAUCCACGUGGGUUCACUGAUGAAUUCUAAGAAACAUUCAAAAAGAAGAAGGUUACAAGACAAUUCAGUGGAGAAAGAAUAGGCUUUCAUACAACAAAUGGUGGUGGUACAAUUAAAUAUCCACAUACAGAACAUUAACUUGGACCCCUACCUCACUUCAUAUACAGUGAAAUCUUUUAUUCCGAGUAACACAAAAUUUCUGCCUUUGACAAGGUGUGCUCUUACUACUUUUCUUUCACUCUCUUGGAAGAAGUACAGCCAGAAUGCUCUUUAGAAGUGAAAGAGCAAGUCUUUAUCUCAUGUAUUUUGGACAUGUUAUCAGGAGGGAUAAGUCCCUGGAGAAGGACAUCAUGCUUGGUAAAGUAGAGAGAGAGAGUCAGAGAAAAAGAGGAAGACCUUCAACAACAUGGAUUGACACAGUGACUGCAACAAUGGGCUCAAACACAGCAACAACUGUGACGAUGGUGCAGGAACAGGCAGGAUUUCUUUCUGUUGUUCAUAGGGUCACUAUGAGUCAGAAUCAACUCCACAGCACCUAACAACAACAACCUCAUAAACACCCAGAAAGGGUUUCUUUUCAGUUUCAUAGGACUGGAACAGAAACUAAGCCACUUUUGAUGAUUUGCAUGUUUAUUCAAAUUAUAUACAGACAUGUGCAUAUACUAUUCAAACAAAGAUAUGGGUAAAAUUUACUUUUUCAUGAAAACAUCUAAUGUCAACUAUUUAGUUUGUUUUGGUUUUUUGAUGAAAUUAUUGAAACAAAUAUUUAAGACCAUAGUCUUAUGAAAUAAGAAUUGCUUUUCUUUAACUUUUCCAAAUUUCUUCAAAGCUUUGGUAUAGCCGAAAACUUAAACAGUUUGACUUAAAGGUCAGGCUCUUCUAAUGGUAGGUCUUCAUUAUCUUCAUCAUCUUCAUCUUUAGGUUGUAAGCCCACAAAUUCUUGCAGGUUUAUGUCAUCCAUUUCUGUGACAAAUUCUUUGUCAACAUCAACAUAAGGGCUGCCUCUUACUCUAUUUUCUGAAACAGCAAUAUAAAUGUCACUUUUUGUAUCCUGAGUCUACAAUGCAAACUCAUUUGGCUCCCAAAAAGAGACAUUGCAGGUGAUUCUAUUUUUUGAUUAUUAUUAUUGUUAUUUUAAGCUCUGAAGCCACUAGUCAUAUGCUGAGAAUCUAUCAAGUUUGAAAAUUUGGCCGUUUCUUUUGCCUUUGCUUGCAAGAUAGGUCCUGAAAGUGGCUUAGUUUCUGUUCCAGUGCUAUAAAAUUGAAAAGAAACACUUUCUGGGUCUUUAUGCAGUUGUUAGGUUCUGUGGAGUCGAUUCUGACUCAUAGUGAGCCCAUGAACAUCUUUAGAGGUUUCAAGAAACCACUCCAAAACAGUUCUGUUGAUUUCUGCAUAAUUUCAAUCCUUCCUUUCUUGGUUUUUAUGUUGGUGUGAUCAUGUACUUUUCAAUUAUUUUAUCCUGUUCUUUCAUAAUUGAAUAAAUUUACAUUUGAUUACACUUGAACUUAAUUAUAGCUUCCUUGAUGGUGUUGUUCUCUUCAGUUAUCUUUUUGGUAACAUUAACCUUUUCUUUCAAAGAUAAAUUUCUCACUCUCUUGUCCGUGGCUGGGAAGGAAUAAGCUGUUUUAAAAAAUAGAAAACAAAAAAGAAAAUAAGUACUCAUAAAAAUUAAGAAAUUUAGGAUGUUAUCUUCUCAAAAACGUGACUAUCUCAGGCAAAAAAGGAAAAAAUGAAAACUAUCAACAUUCUUAUAUGAUAAAGUAAGCACACUGCGGUAAAUUAUUUAAGUGUGAGAAGAAUGAAUUGCUUUGUACACACAUUGAAUGUGUUAAAUUUGGAAAUGUUUCUGUAUUUUUUUGGAAAACGAGAAAUUUUGAAGGAAAGAAUUUCAGGGAAAUGAAGAGUGAAUUUUGAAAACUGGAAUAAUAUGUACCAAAAAUUACAAAUAGCUAAAUUGAAAACUAAAAAUUAAAGACAAGAAGACUAAAACUUCUCAAGACAAGGGAAAAAGUGUGUUUUGUUAGAUUUUAAUGAAUAUAAAGGAGUUUACUAAUAUCUCUUACCUUCUUCCAACCCAUGGAUAUUGUUCUUCCCUG